AUGGAGCUUAUACCAUUGAAUACUUCAAACCAUGCAUUUGUUUGGACUGCAGCAGAUUAUACUGAUGGUGAAGCCAAAGUAGAACAGUUUGCUGCCCGAUUUAAAACUCCGGAAUUGGCAGCUACUUACAAGAAGAAAUUUGAAGAAUGUCGAAAAGCCCUUUCAGAGCUUCUGACCCCUCAGGAAUCCUAUGUAAUGACAUUGUCAUUUGCGAGCAAUCCCGUUGUAUAUUUUGAUGUACGUACUGAUCAUGAGAUUUUGGGGAAAAUUACUAUGGAACUUCUGGCAAAUAUUGUUCCCCGAACAGCUGAAAACUUCAGGGCACUUUGUACUGGAGAGAAAGGAUUUGGAUUCAAAAACUCAACAUUUCACAGGGUUUUUCCAGAAUUCGUGUGCCAGGGUGGUGAUAUAACGAAACAUAAUGGAACUGGUGGAAAAUCCAUUUAUGGUGAACAGUUUGAAGAUGAAAACUUUGUCGUGAGACACACUUGUCCUGGUUUGUUGUCGAUGGUAAAUUGUGGCCAAAACACCAACAAUUCACAGUUCUUCAUUACUCUGAGGAAAGCAGAACAAUUAGAUUUUAAGAAUGUAGCUUUUGGUUAUGUAAAGGAUGGCAUGGAUGUUGUGAGGAAAAUUGAAUCAUUUGGGUCAAAAGAUGGCACAACAAGUAAAGCAAUUGUAAUAACUGAUUGUGGACAAACAUCAUAA